CUCAUUGAAGUUUUCCUCACUUCUUCCUCUCUCUCUCUUUCUCUAUGAGAGCGUGUGAGUGAGCGAGAGAACGCGAGAGACAGAGAUCACUUCACCAUGGACGUACACAGAGGUCCCCUCCUUUCGCUCUGGUUUUCAUUCCAUCUCCUAACAGUUAGUGACUGCCAAGUCAACACAGUUCGUGGCUUUGUUGGGGACACCGUGGUCCUCCCGUGCAGGUAUGACGUAGCUGAACAUGGACAGCUGCACUCGUGCUGGGGGAGAGGGGAAGUGCCGUCAUCUGGCUGCUACAAUGAAGUCAUUACAAGCGACGGGGUCACAGUGAUAUGGAGAAAGUCACAGAGGUAUCAGUUACUGCAGGGACUGAAGAACGGUGAUGUCUCUCUGACCAUCACUGGAGCUCAGGAGAGUGACACCGGCAAAUAUGGCUGCCGUGUGCACAUAAAAGGACUGUUCAACGACCAGAAAGUGAACCUGAACCUGGUCAUUACCCAGGCUCCAGUGCAAACAGAAAAGGCGCCAGAGCUGCAAACCAAAGCCACUGAACGAACCUCUAAAAGUACAUGGACCACAUUCAACCACACACACGGUCCUGGGGGUGUUACUGCUACAGAAAGUUCUGAAGAAUCAAUAGCUCAGAAGACAGAUGAGCCACAGAAUGUAACGCUUGCAGUGCUGAUACCGGUAUUGCUGCUGCUGCUGGCUCUGGUGAUAGUGUUCCUGAUCUUCAUGAGAAAGCGAUGGAAGAAAGCCUCUGAGAUGCUUGGAAUGUCCCAGCAGCCUGCUCCAGGAGUCCUCUACAGGAACUCAGAAUCCAGCCUGCGACUCCAUUCCAGGGAGAUGGCGGUGGAGAACAUCUAUCAGAUGGAUGAAGACGACGACUAUUACGCUUGCCCUUGAACUCUGGCCUGAGACAAGGCCCUGACCCGAUUCCCACUCCCACACCAGCAACAAAUAAAAUGGUGUAAUUGCCUCUACACCUAGAAGUGACCUUGGACCCAGGAGAACAUCUACAGACAGCACUUUGCUGUUUUUUAUUUGUAUUUUAUUUGUUAGGGCCGCAAAUCUUUGACUUAACCGGCAAAUAGCACUCAAGCCUUUAUUGGGCGUAAACUCUGAAUACUUUUUUUGGGAGUGUUCAUGGCAUUUAGGGAAUUUAUAAACAUACUAGGAGGGUCCUGUUUUGAAUUCUCAGCUGACUGGCUAAAGUGGCUAGGAUUAUGUAAAACUUUAUUGUUCCUGUGUUGAACAGACACUUGACAUGGAUUUAGAAUGACACCAAUUUGCUGGCAGUCUGUGUAAUGAAAUAAGAAAUAAGCUUUAAACUUUUGUAGUUAAUCUGUGUACAAUACCCAAAUUAUUUCUAAUGAUGUCUGUGUUUGUGCAAUAGCUAAUAUGAUAAAGUAUCUAUGUAUAUACUGUAUAUUGAUGUGAUUUCACUCAUAAAGGAUUUGCUUAGUAUAGCUACAUUAACUGAGAACCUAAGGACAAUGAAACUAAACUUCUUCCACAGCAUACCAUUUUGAGGACAUGCCGAAUGAAUCCAUGGCAAAUCCAAGGGCAUUCUUACUGUGUAGACUGAAAUGAGGGGUCAAGCCCUUCACCUUUGUGUACUUACUGCAAAGACAAAAUGACAAUAAAGAUUUUUAAAUUCAA